CCCCCCCCUCAAGUUGUUUUUUUGCAGAGAGCAGCUUUGCAGAGAAUCACAAGGGGACCUCUCUCUUGUUUUCUUUCUCCUCUGUCUUGUUAUUUUAACCUGGCGCUUUAAAAAAACUAAAUCCAGCCUUUUUUUUUUCGUUUUCAGACCCGUAGCGAAUUUAAAGCACAGCGCAGUUCCACAAUGCCACUUCUUUUCAGAAUAAACUGCUUUUCUCGCAAUUUUUCACCCGCACCCCCUCGUCUUUUUUGUCACCCACAGUGAAUUUAGCCCAGGUCUGACCCACUUUGAAGUGUGUUCGCCUUCACUGCACCUCAUGUGUUAGUGCGAGCCGCCGGCGGAGAUGUUUUCGGCAGGAGAGGAGGUUCAUUCCCAGUUGUUUACCUCACUGAAGGAGUCCUCCGGAGCUGCAGUCUCCCCAGCACUGGAGCUCAGUCUAACUGCCGUCUACACCGUCCUCUACUCCCUCCUGUUUGUUUUCGUCUACCUGCAGCUCUGGCUCAUUUUGCACUACGGACACAAGCGUUUCAGCUACCAGAGCGUGUUUCUGUUUCUGUGCCUGCUGUGGGCAGCGCUGCGGACGACGCUCUUCUCUUUCUACUUUAAAAAUGUGGUGCAGGCCAACCAGCUGCAGCCUCUGGCCUACUGGCUGCUCUACUGCUGCCCCGUCUGCCUGCAGUUCUUCACCCUCUGCCUGCUCAACCUCUACUUCACACAGGUGAUGUUUAAAGCUAAAGCCAAGUAUUCACCAGAGCUCACAAAGUACAAGGUUCCCCUGCGUUUGUUCUUCCUGUGUCUCAGUAUAUUUUUCCUGGUGGUGAAUUUGACUUGUGCACUGUUAGUGCAAGGAGCUCUUGAUAACUCUGAAUCCCCGAGUGAUGGGAGUGUCAGACAUGCAGUCUUGGCCCGGGUCCUGAUCAACGACAGUCUGUUUGUGCUGUGUGCCAUAUCUCUGGCUGUGUGCAUCUUCAAGAUCGCCAAGAUGUCAUCUGCCAACGUUUAUCUUGAGUCCAAGGGUACAUCCGUGUGCCAAGCGACAGCCAUCGGUGCCAUGGUGAUUCUCCUCUUCAUGUCCAGAGCCUGUUAUAAUCUGGUGGUGGUGGCCCUGACCCCACAGGACCGAUUCAGUCCCUUUAAUUAUGGCUGGUACAGUGUUUCUGAUCAGGCUGACGUACAGGAGAUCAGCGGUGAAGCCUACAUUGUGUUUGGGAUCAUUCUGUUCUUCUGGGAGUUGCUACCUACCAGCUUAGUGGUGGUUUUCUUUAGAGUCCAGAGACCCAACCAAAACCUGGCUCCAGGAGGCAUGAUCAACAGCCAUAGUUUCAGCUCCAGGGCUUAUUUCUUUGACAAUCCCCGGCGGUAUGACAGCGAUGACGACCUGUCCAGAAGCAUCAAUAACAGGACUGAUCGGGCCAGUCUCCUGUCCACCACACCCCAACCAGGAGCAUCUAGUUGGUAUGGCUCCAUCCAAUGUAAUGCACCUUUAGCAGCAGGGGUGUCAUCUGCCCAGCAGCCACCAUCUUCCACUGCGCCGCUCCUUUUUGCCUAUGGAAACAUCCAGAGUCACCAUCACCACCAUCACAACUACUACUCCACCCCCCAGAACAACUACCACCAUCACCAUCACAGUAACUAUUAUUCUACGCCACAGAAUUAUCACUGCGGAUCACAGACAUAUUUCACCACCCCACAGAAUUAAGCUGGAGUGGUCAUAAAGAUUAAAAAAAGAAAAGGGAAAAAAAAAAAGAAGAGGGACUAAUUACUUAAAAUGUUGUUUUUUUUGUUUUUUCCUUGUCUGCAUUCUGCUUAACAAACAGCGUCAUAGCUUGUACUUGUACAAAUUUUUUUCUCUGGACCAAAUUGUGCAUCAUAAUUGGUUCGCCAAAUAAUUUUGGAGAAAUGUGGGGGUGUAAACAAUGAAAAGGUUGGCACACCAUGACUACUUGCUUUUUGAAAGCCAUCUUUAAACAGGAACCAUGGAACAAUUUGCAGCACUAGUGGCUAAUAUGCCUACAAAUGAAGAUGCUUUUUUGCUGUUUAAUAUUUUGGUCAAUAACUUUUUGAGAUUGGAACCAAUCAUCGACUGGAAAAAUCAUCACCCAUUUCCCUUUCCUGGUAAAUUCCACUCAGACACUAUUCAUUUUGGCAUAUGUACGAUAAUCAAGCAGGUAUGUAAGCUAAAGUGGCUAAUCAUGAAUCUGCAACAGUAUGACAGUGACGAGUUCGGGACAUCUUGUCAAAUUAUUGUUUGGAUCAUGUGACGGUUUGUAAUAGAAUCGUAAAAAUGCAAUUAUUUUAAUUGGCAGUAGGCUAAGUUGGGAAAGGGCACAGCACUGCAGGUGGGCUUUUUCAAAAGAAGAACAUCUAUGUUCUCCAAUUCAGUAUUCAGUUAUCGCACAUUAACACUUCUUUGCACUUUUCUGAAAGUGAAAUAUUUCCUAAGCGUUAUUAAAUAAAUGGCUACGCAAACACAACAAGAGUCAUCAGCUGUAGCCAUAGCUAAAACCUUUUGACAAGCUAGCCGCAGGAGAGAACGGUGUGGCUAGCAGCUAACAAGGAAAAAAAUAUUUUGUGUGCCUGCCACUGUGUACUGAUGUAGUUACAUUAAAAAAAAAAAGAAAAAAAAAGAAAGAAAGAAAGAUGAAGCUAAUAAAAAGUUUAAUUAUCAUUCCUUGUUUUAUUUGCCACGCAGAUGGUUCACCUGAAUGCAAAAACAGCCUAAUCAAAUUAAACUGGCCAGUGCUAUUUGGCUAACUAAUGGACUAUGAACAGAAACCAGAAAUCUUGUAAGCCUACACAUUCCUACAUAUGCAUAUGCAUACUUUUUCUUUUUUUUAACAGAGAUUUGUUCCCACAAUUGAGAUCUGGGAAUGGUUUUUCACAAUCCUCUUAUGCUAUACAGAAUGUUCUUGGGAAAGUUCAAACCUUUGUCAUAAUACCAUUAUAAGCUAGGCCAUUAAAAUCUAACCCUUUAAACAUAGGAGUAACUCUUCACUAUGAAAAAUAAAUUAUGUACUUUUGCAAAAGACAUUUCAAGAUGUUUAUCACUCUUAAGAUCUAGUUUUGACAGGAAUUAGCAUUUGCUAAUUUGCCAGUGACUGUUGAUUCAGCGAGUGCUAGGUCAUACCGAGUGCUGACACUUUUGUUAAUCUGUUUAGCAAGAAAAUUAGCAGAGACCAAGAAAAUGCAGGAAGCUAAUGAUUCCUUAGCUUCGUGUGUUUUCAUAGCCAAGUCCUUCACCAAACAGAUUGGUAGGAAUCUGUUUUUAAAGGCAAAUUUAUUACUUUUGUUAAAAUGUUUCCGUUAAAUUGUACCACACAAACAGAAAGGUGUACAAAAACUAUCAAAAACCUUGCUACUUUAAGCUGCUGAACCACUCCUUUACUGGCACGUAAUUGGGUCAAAUAAGUUUACAGUUUUCAAAACUUGCAAAAUACUGUUACAUUUAAAGGUACUUUUUGUCAUUACCCUCUGAAAAGUUAAAUCAGCACUUUCACCACCAGGAGGCAGCAUUUUAACAACAGGUGUACUGAAUUAGGUUCACAUUUCUGUUUAGCCACACCCUUGUGUCCUCAAGAGGCAUCUAGAUUGCCAUUAAAACGAAUGCAUACUUAAUGGCUUGCCUGAUUGACUCAGAGCGCCCUCUUGUGUUUGACAUUGGUAUUACAAAAUAUGGGCUAGUUCAACUUGGCUGAUAUUACUUCAACACAAGUCACAUAUGUUGUGGACAUGAAGUCAUAGAUUGAUUCUUUAACUUGUAAGAGGCACUUUUUUUUUUUUUUUUUUUUUUUAAAAAGAGUUAUAUGUCCAGGAACCCCCCCCCC